UUCGGUCACAUUGGCAGGAACCGUUAGCGCGGCCAUGUUUUUCGUGUUGUUUUUCGAAAAAAAAAAUAAAAGCCGCAAAAUCAGAAAUUCGGGCGAUUUUGUCGAAUAAAAUAAAAAUAAAGGCAUUUUCAAUGCAAUACAAUCAAAUGGCGCAAACCGCCAUCGAAGAGAAUACCUUUGCAUUUGGAAAGCAAGAUGCGCAGAGCAAGGAUCAACUAGAAAUUGAGCGUCUCUGGAAGACGCACUGGCUGACCGACUAUGCCCAGGACAUAUUUGUGAACAUGAAGGAGGCAGAGAUGCGUCGUCGUCCCAUAUUUUUCAACUCCAUGGAGCUGGACGAGCGCGCCAGUCUGUUGCAACUUUGCCAACUAGCUGCGCGCACAUACAAACUGAAUCGCGCCACUGUGCAUUUGGGUGUCUACUAUAUGGAUCGUUUGACCGAUUACUUCACGAUUAGGACCGACAAACUGCCAUUGCUGGCGCUCACAUGUCUGCACAUUGCCGCCCAGAUGGAGAACACCGAUGCGAGUGUGCCGCGCUACAGCGAACUGAACAGCCUGAUGCAGGACGGCUACACAGUUUUCGAAUACAAGGUGGUGGAGCGCAAGGUGCUGUCCUAUCUGAAUUUUGAGCUUAUGCGUCCCACCACGGCCAGCUUUGUGGAGUUUUUUGCGUGCAGCUUCCUCACGCGCGCCGACUAUGCCAACUACACGGCCAUGCUGCAGGACCGUGCUGGCGGGGAGGAUGUUCAGUACGUGCAGUACGAAAGUUAUGAAGGAAUGCUAUCGGCCCUGUCACAGCUGCUGCUCCGUCUGGCAGACUGCACAUUGAGCAUUAAUAGUUUUGCCAACACGCGACCUUCCUUGUUGGCCGCCGCCUGCAUAGCAGCGGUGCGACAUCUAAACGGACUCAAGUGCUGGACGAAAUAUCUCACCAAACUGACAUCGUAUUCAGAAAAUGUGGUUGAGCCAUUGCUGGGGAAUAUCACACAUUACUAUCACUGGUACCAGGAGAGCUAUGUGGAGCCAUAUGGCGUGAUGGCAUUCGUUGACAUGGGCCCAUCUUCGGCAGAUAGCAUUAAUCCCAAUUGGUCGACACCGGACUCUGGGAUUGGCGAGUCGGUGGUCAUAGUGGAAGAACUGCUGACCGUGGAGUAUGACAUAGGAACAGUGCAGCUGCAGCAGCAGCAACAGCAGCCAGUUGCUAGCUCCAAUCUGGCUGCAGUUGCUCAGACAGUGUUGCCGCAAGAAGCGGCCAUCUUUUCGCAAAGAGAGCCGCAGCAACAGGCUGCCUUAGCCCACGAAGAGCUGCCGGCAUCAGCAUUAGUUGCCAUAGAAAAGCCGCAGGAAUCAAUUGCAGUUGCCAUGGAGGAGCUGCAAUGUGCCUUCAAGCGCAAGCAUAUCGAAGAUGAUUGCCAAGACGAGCCGCAGGCGAAGCGUCUGCAAUGGUAGCACAAUACAUGCAAUAAAUGUACAACGAAACAUUUUGAUUGAAUGGUUUGGCUUCGGUAAUCAAUCGGUUUACCGAAAUAACCGAAACUGCUCUACAGCGCAAGCGCUGUACUAACUUGCUAAUUAAGUCCCAAAACGUAGCGGAGUAUUUCCAGGCGAUAUACCCUAUUCAAUUCGAUAUUGAACAUGCCCAUAUCGUAAUGCAUAAUGCAUUUGUAUGUACAUAUUAUGUAUAUUCCUCUUUAUAUCUUAUUUAGUGUAUAAUUGGAAUCAUUUCUCUUAUCAAAAAAUAUUACACACACACACGCACAUCAGCACAUCAGCUAAAAAAUCAACAAUACAAUAAAAAAGAGUUAUUA